AACUAAAAAUCGUAACAAUAACGGGCCUAAAUGGCACAAAACCAAGAAAGUCGGUCUAACACAAGGACAAUCUGAACCUAUCUUCACAAGGGCACUUUCGUCAAUUCACAACCCGAAACAUCCGGCUCUCCGUCUAUAAAUAAACCCCUCGGGUCUCCAAUUCUCCCUAUUUUCUCAUUCUCUUCUCUUCCGCCGCAGAGAGAGAAUUGGUUACGGAGAGAUCCACAAAUUCUCCAUUUCUCCCUCCAUAAUCCAAAAAAAAAAAAAAAAAAAAAAAAAAAAAAAAAAAAAGACAAAAAUCUUCGAAGUAACUCACUUACUACACUGCAGAAGAACAUCUUCAAUUUCAAUUUGGAAAAAAAAUUUGAUUAUAAGUUCAUCAAUUUCGAAACCCUAAUUUUGUUUUGAGUGAAAUUUUAUUGAUUAAUUGACUACCUGCAAAGAUGGAUACUAGAUUUCCGUAUUCACCAGCAGAGGUUACGAAAGUUCACUUGAUUCAGUUCGGAAUUCUGAGUCCCGAUGAAAUUCGGCAAAUGUCAGUGGUGCAAGUGGAGUUUAGUGAGACGACGGAGAGAGGGAAGCCGAAACCGGGGGGUUUGAGUGAUAUGAGGCUCGGGACGAUUGAUCGGAAGUUGAAGUGUGAUACAUGUACAGCUAAUAUGGCGGAAUGUCCUGGUCAUUUUGGACAUCUUGAGCUUGCUAAGCCGAUGUUUCAUAUCGGGUUUUUGAAGACUGUACUGAGUAUUAUGCGUUGUGUUUGCUACAAUUGCUCCAAGAUUCUGGCCGAUGAGGAAGACCACAAAUUUAAGCAAGCAUUGAAAAUUAGAAAUCCCAAAAACCGUUUGAAGAAAAUAUUGGAGGCCUGUAAAAACAAAAGGAAAUGUGAAGGAGGUGAUUCAAUGGAUGUACAAGAUCAGGAUGAUGAAGAGCCUGCCAAGAAGAGUCGUGGUGGCUGUGGUGCGCAACAGCCAACCUUCACUAUUGAAGGUAUGAAAAUUAUUGCCGAGUACAAGAAUACUAAGAAGAAAAGUGAUGAGCAGGAACAGCUUCCUGAGCCUGCUGAGAGAAAGCAGCAGCUUACUGCUGAAAAGGUGCUUAGUGUUCUUAAGAGAAUAAGUGAUGAAGACUGUCAAUUGAUGGGUUUCAGUCCCAGAUAUGCUCGCCCUGACUGGAUGAUUCUUCAAGUUCUUCCUAUUCCUCCACCUCCUGUGAGACCAUCUGUGAUGAUGGAUACCUCUUCUAGGAGUGAGGAUGAUUUGACCCAUCAAUUAGCUAUGAUCAUUCGUCAUAAUGAUAAUCUGAGAAGACAAGAGAGGAAUGGUGCGCCUGCACAUAUCAUCUCUGAAUUUGCACAGUUGCUGCAGUUUCAUAUUGCUACAUACUUUGACAAUGAGCUGCCUGGACAGCCAAGAGCUACACAACGAUCAGGUAGACCAAUCAAAUCAAUAUGUACAAGGUUGAAAGCAAAAGAAGGUCGUAUAAGAGGCAAUUUGAUGGGAAAACGAGUGGACUUCUCAGCUCGUACUGUCAUUACUCCUGAUCCAAAUAUAAACAUUGAUGAGUUGGGUGUGCCUUGGAGUAUAGCGUUAAAUCUCACAUAUCCGGAGACUGUGACUCCUUAUAAUCUGGAAAGGCUGAAAGAGCUUGUUGACUAUGGUCCACAUCCUCCUCCUGGUAAAACUGGAGCUAAGUACAUUAUAAGGGAUGAUGGUCAGAGGCUUGAUCUCCGUUAUUUGAAAAAGAGUAGUGACCAUCAUUUGGAGCUGGGGUACAAGGUUGAACGGCAUUUGAAUGAUGGGGACUUUGUACUUUUCAAUCGACAGCCCAGUCUCCAUAAAAUGUCCAUUAUGGGUCACAGAAUAAAGAUCAUGCCCUAUUCCACAUUUAGACUGAAUUUGUCUGUUACGUCACCUUACAAUGCUGAUUUUGAUGGUGAUGAAAUGAACAUGCAUGUUCCUCAGUCAUUUGAGACUCGAGCAGAAGUUCUUGAGCUAAUGAUGGUUCCAAAAUGUAUCGUCUCCCCACAAGCCAACAGGCCUGUUAUGGGAAUUGUGCAGGAUACUCUAUUGGGUUGCCGUAAAGUCACAAAGAGGGAUACCUUCAUAGAAAAGGAUGUUUUUAUGAAUAUUCUCAUGUGGUGGGAGGAUUUUGAUGGGAAAGUUCCUCAGCCAGCUAUCUUAAAGCCCAGGCCUAUAUGGACUGGAAAGCAAGUAUUCAAUCUUAUCAUACCAAAGCAGAUAAAUCUUGUUAGAUUUUCUGCAUGGCACCAGGAGACCGAAACAGGGUUCCUUACUCCAGGGGAUACUCGUGUCCUGAUAGAGAAAGGAGAACUACUUUCUGGAACACUGUGUAAGAAGACCCUUGGGUCAUCCAGUGGGAGUUUAAUACAUGUUAUCUGGGAAGAAGUUGGACCAGAUGCUGCUCGUAAAUUUUUGGGGCAUACCCAGUGGCUUGUUAAUUACUGGCUAUUGCAGAAUGGUUUUAGUAUUGGAAUAGGAGAUACAAUUGCUGAUGCAUCAACCAUGGAGACCAUCAAUGUGACCAUAUCACAAGCUAAAAAUGAAGUGAAAAACCUGAUUAGGUCUGCUCAGGAAAAGCAGUUGGAGCCUGAACCUGGUCGCACGAUGAUGGAGUCAUUUGAAAACAGAGUUAAUCAGGUUUUGAAUAAAGCUCGUGAUGAUGCUGGAAGUAGUGCUCAGAGGAGUCUGUCUGAGACAAACAACCUAAAGGCUAUGGUUACUGCUGGGUCAAAAGGAAGUUUUAUUAACAUAUCCCAGAUGACUGCCUGUGUGGGACAGCAAAAUGUUGAAGGCAAACGGAUACCUUUUGGAUUUGUUGGUCGUACAUUACCUCAUUUCACAAAGGAUGAUUAUGGGCCAGAAAGUCGUGGGUUUGUGGAAAAUUCAUACCUGAGAGGAUUAACUCCUCAGGAGUUCUUUUUCCAUGCUAUGGGUGGUAGAGAAGGUCUAAUUGAUACUGCUGUUAAAACUUCUGAGACUGGCUACAUACAGAGAAGGCUAGUUAAGGCUAUGGAGGAUAUCAUGGUCAAGUAUGAUGGUACUGUGAGGAAUUCUCUUGGAGAUGUUAUACAGUUUCUUUAUGGUGAAGAUGGCAUGGAUGCUGUUUGGAUAGAAUCUCAGAAGUUGGAUUCCCUGAAAAUGAAGAAGUCAGAAUUUGAGGCGACAUACAGAUAUGAGUUUGAUGCUGAUAACUGGGAGCCAGAUUAUAUGUUGAAAGAGCAUGUGGAUGAUCUGAAAACCAUUCGUGAGUUCCGUAAUGUGUUUGAUGCAGAGGUUCAAAAACUUGAAGUAGAUAGAUGUCAACUUGCAACUGAUAUUGCUACCACAGGUGAUAAUUCUUGGCCAUUACCUGUGAAUCUUAAGAGGCUGUUAUGGAAUGCUCAAAAGACAUUCAAGGUUGACAUGAGACAAAAGUCUGAUAUGCACCCAAUGGAAAUUGUGGAAGCAGUAGAUAAGCUUCAGGAGAGGUUGAAAGUUGUUCCUGGUGAUGACUUUUUGAGUAAAGAGGCUCAGAAGAAUGCCACACUCUUCUUCAAUAUCUUGCUCCGCAGUACACUUGCCAGCAAACGUGUCUUGAGGGAGUUCAAGCUUAACCGCGAAGCAUUCGAUUGGGUUAUUGGUGAAAUAGAGUCUCGGUUUUUGCAGUCAUUGGUAGCUCCUGGAGAAAUGAUAGGCUGUGUUGCUGCCCAAUCCAUUGGUGAGCCUGCCACUCAGAUGACCCUGAAUACUUUUCACUUUGCUGGUGUUAGUGCCAAGAAUGUCACUCUUGGUGUUCCAAGGCUGAGGGAGAUCAUCAACGUUGCAAAGAAAAUUAAAACUCCUUCUCUAUCAGUCUUCUUAAAUCCUGAAAUUAGCAAGACAAAGGAGAGGGCGAAAAAUGUGCAAUGUAUCUUAGAAUAUACAUGCCUGCGAAGUGUGACUCAUGCCACUGAAGUGUGGUACGAUCCAGAUCCUAUGAGCACUAUCAUUGAAGAGGAUGUCGACUUUGUCAGGUCAUACUAUGAAAUGCCAGAUGAAGAGGUUUCCCCUGAUAAAAUUUCUCCUUGGUUGCUUCGUAUAGAAUUGAACCGUGAAAUGAUGGUGGAUAAAAAGUUGAGCAUGGCUGAUAUUGCGGAAAAAAUCAACUUGGAAUUCAGUGAUGACAUGACGUGUAUUUUUACUGAUGACAAUGCUGAAAAGUUGAUCCUUCGUAUACGUAUUGUGAAUGAUGAAGGUCAGAAGGGUGACAUGGAGGAUGAUUCUGCUGAGGAUGAUGUAUUCCUUAAGAAGGUUGCUGGUAGUAUGUUGACUGAGAUGGCACUAAAGGGAAUCCCAGAUAUCAACAAGGUGUUCAUCAAACAGAGUAAAGUAAAUAAAUUUGACGAGGAGAAAGGUUUUAAGGCUGAAACCGAGUGGAUGUUGGAUACUGAAGGUGUCAAUCUUCUUGCUGUUAUGUGUCAUGAAGAAGUUGAUUCUACAAGGACGACGAGUAAUCAUUUGAUUGAAGUUAUGGAAGUUCUUGGAAUUGAGGCUGUUCGUAAGGCCUUGCUAGAUGAGUUGCGGGUUGUCAUUUCUUUUGAUGGAUCUUAUGUGAAUUAUCGCCAUUUGGCUAUUUUGUGUGAUACGAUGACAUAUCGUGGACAUUUGAUGGCUAUUACACGUCAUGGUAUCAACCGGAAUGAUACUGGGCCUUUGAUGAGAUGUUCAUUUGAAGAAACAGUGGAUAUCCUUCUUGAUGCUGCUGUAUAUGCAGAAUCUGAUUAUUUGAGGGGUGUAACAGAAAACAUCAUGUUGGGACAGCUAGCUCCAAUUGGAACUGGUGGCUGUUCAUUAUAUCUUAACGAGGAAAUGUUGCAGCAUGCUAUUGAAGUCCACCUUCCAAGUUAUGUGGAAGGCUUGGAAUUUGGGAUGACACCUGCUCGGUCGCCCAUUUCUGGAACACCUUACCAUGAGAGUAUGAUGUCUCCUAGCUACUUGCUUAGCCCAAAUAUCCGACAUUCGCCCAUCAAUGAUGCUUCAUUUUCUCCAUUUGUUGGCGGCAUGGCCUUCUCUCCUGCUUCAUCUCCUGCUUAUCUCUCACCAAAUUCACCUGGUUACAGCCCCACUUCUCCAGGAUAUAGCCCAACUUCUCCAGGAUAUAGUCCAACCUCUCCUGGAUAUAGUCCAACUUCCCCGACUUACAGUCCUGGGUCUCCUGGCUAUAGUCCAACAAGCCCGGCAUAUUCACCCACAAGCCCAUCUUACUCUCCCACCUCACCAAGCUAUAGCCCCACAUCUCCUAGCUACAGCCCCACCUCUCCAAGCUACAGCCCCACCUCUCCAAGCUAUAGCCCCACAUCUCCAGCCUACAGCCCCACGUCUCCAGCUUACAGCCCGACAUCUCCAGCCUACAGCCCGACAUCUCCGUCGUACAGCCCGACAUCUCCAUCAUACAGCCCCACAUCUCCAUCUUACAGCCCCACAUCUCCAUCAUACAGCCCUACUUCUCCAUCGUACAGCCCUACAUCUCCUGCUUACAGCCCUACAUCUCCAGGAUAUAGCCCUACAUCACCAAGUUAUAGCCCUACAUCACCUAGUUAUAGUCCAACUUCUCCAAGCUAUAACCCUUCAGCCAAAUACAGUCCAUCACUGGCAUACUCUCCAAGCAGCCCAAGAAUAUCACCAUCCAGUCCCUACAGCCCUACCUCCCAAAAUUUCAGUCCGACAUCACCAUCUUACUCGCCGACGUCGCCCUCUUACUCCCCUUCAAGCCCAAGCUAUAGUCCAAGCAGCCCAUAUGGCUCAGGUCCAAGCCCUGAUUAUAGCCCCAGUUCUCCUCAGUACAGUCCAAGUGCAGGCUAUUCUCCUAGUGCUCCUGGCUAUUCACCUUCAUCAACCAGUCAGUAUACCCCGCAAAUGAGCGACAAGGAUGACAAAAGCAAGCGUUGAAGUCUGGGAAAAGGAUUCUGCCCAUAAUAUGCAAUGUGCAUGAUUUGAAUGCAAAUUAAACACGCUUUGUUACUGCUAUUGGGCCAACCCAAGAGCUUGGGUUUUGUUUAGAACAAUUGAGUUUGAUUGACGAUCCUUCUAAUCUGGGUAGAUGUAAUCACUAGCUUGCUUGUUUCGUUGCUCAUGCUAAUAAUGGGUUUUGUACGUGAAUAUUGAUAAUUUGAACUUGUAAAAUAGUAGUACUAUAUAGAACAAACUGUUACUAUAAAGUAUAAACAAUUAUCAAUUUUGGUAUUUUCAACUACAUUACUCACAGCUUUAGCUGCUGAUGAGAAGUUAAAUGACAUUUUUUUUUUGUAUUGUGGUUAUGUUUAUAAUAGAAAAACAAUAAUCAUUUCAGGUA